AUGGCUGCGUCUUCCACAUCCUCCGAUACCUCUUCAACAAGUGCACCGCAAAGUGCACCCCAAAGUGCACCCAAACAAUAUAAUCUUCGCAACCCGCUUCCACUCUCAGCCCCCCAAGAACAAGAAGUGAAACUGCUGUACUACAAGCGAGUACGCGCCCAUUGCGCUCCCGAGAUUAAAGCAUUUGCCGAGUGCGCCGUUAACCGGACUGUCACUGCAACAUGGGUCUGCCGCCAGCAACGUCUCGCAAUGAAUUCAUGCAUGCUUGCCCACGCGAAGCCGGAAGAAGAGGACCGCGCACGUGAGGAGUGGUUCGCAUCGUAUGAGGAACGGCGACGCGCACGCGAAGAGGAACUUGCACGUGUUGAGAAGCGGCGUGCGGAAGUUAUUCGCAUGAUGCGUGAGGAUGAGGCGCGGACACGAGCGGCGGCGGGAAAAUGA